AGAGUAAGUACAGUAUAUGCUAAACAGACUUAUUUAUCUAGUACAUUAUGGUUGCACUUUUCACUCAACCCUUUUCAGUGAAUAGUUUGGGAGUAUUGCAGAAUUGCUUGAAAUUUGCCCUGAUCAUGAGAGUGUUGGUUUAAAAUAUAUCUGAAGUAAUUUAAAUUAUGUUUUAGACUGUGAAUUUCCAACCAUCUAUCUACACUGGAAAGAACUACCAGGCAAUGUUGAUGGAGAAGGCUAAACAAGUGAAAGAUGGUGUAGUGAUAGCAGGGGAUGGUCGCCAUGGCAGCAUGGGACAUUUGGCCAAGUUUUGUGCAAUAUACAAUUUUUUGUUGUACGUUUGCACAAAUCAUACAUUUCAAUCUUGUACAGGUACAGUAGGAAUUAUUUUACAGGCUGCUUAUUAGAAUCUGCAUUAUGCAAUCAGAAAAUGAUGAUAUAUAAAGUUCUUACACUCACCAGUGAAUUGAUCGAUGUACUUAUUGCAGCUCUGUUUUUCACUCAAGGCAUAUGGCCUUACCAUAACAACAUUUAUAUCAGACACUUCCAUUGCAAAGCACAUGCGGACAGUCCUGAAGAACAUUGUCCAUUAUUUUGACAUCUGGCACUUGAAGAAAAGUAAGAGCAAUUCCUACCCACCACAUGUACAAUUUGCUCUGUAAUGCACAUGCUUAUUAUUUGUGGGCUCUCAUUACAAGAGGCCUGGACAUUAGCUUUGUUUACUUUUUAUUCUUGACUUUAUCAUCAUAGAUAUGACUCAUUGUAGCUCAUCCAUUUCAUUAAUUAAGUUCUCAUGCUGUCACGCACUCACAAAUUACCAAAAUAAUGAGAAAAUGCACACAACAAUAACAAGUGAGCAAAGCUAGUGUCCAGGCCUCUUAUAUCAGAGAAUAAUCAGAGCCCACUGAACUAUAAACAUUACUGAAUAACUAAUGAUGUAAUAUAUUAUGCAAUAUGCACUAUAUAUUAUUAUUGUAUAUAUGAAAACGCACACAGGAUAUCAGAGGGGCAUCUGUUUAUUUUCCUGCAUUUUGUAUUCAUUUUUUUCUCACAGAAAUUUGGAAGGUGCUUUCAAAAAUAGCCAAAGAGAAAGACUGUGAGGCAGUAGUAAAUGAGUGGAUCAAACCAUGUGAAAACCACCUGCACUGGAGUGCCACCUCGACAUUCAGUGGAAACGGGCUGGUUAUAUGGGCUAAGUUCAAGUCCUUUUUGAGGCACUUUGUGAACAUCCAUUCAGGUCAGAGUGAUCCCCUGUUUGAUAAAUGUGCCCAUGGCAGUGACAUUGAAGCUAGAAAGUGGCUGACCAUUGGUAUGUUAUUGAAGUAUGUGCAUGGCCAAAAGUACUUAUUAUUAUGCAGGUAAAAUGUAACCAGUUCCAAAUUCAGUUGGAGUUGUGGUUGGAAGGCCCAUCAGACCUAUCUAAACUCUAUUAUCCAGGAUCACUCUACUACAGUACAUGCAUGAAUAGAUAUCUGAUGCAGUUCAUGUUUUUUUCUAUAGAUUCACCACUUCAUAAGAAAGUUUGUACUGCACUGACAAACACACAACUGAUGAAAGGGAUCAACAAAGCGUCUCUGUUAGCACAGACAAGCUGCUUAGAGGGCUUCCAUAGCGUGUUAAAUCACUUUGCACAAAGAUGA